AUGAGAGGCGCAUCGCUGCUGCGACUGGCGGCCGCCGUGCUCGCCGCCGGCAUGAUGAUGGCGGCAUCGGCGACGCACGUGCCGCCGCCGCUGCCGGUGCUGCCGAUCCCGAACGCGGCGCAGCUGGCGUGGCAGCGGCGGGAGGUGAUCAUGUUCUUCCACUUCGGGAUGAACACCUUCACGGACUCGGAGGUGGGCACGGGCACCGAGCACCCAUCCCUCUUCGCGCCCUCGGCGCUCAACGUCACCCAGUGGAUGGACGCGGCGGUGGCGGCGGGCGCCUCGCUCGCCAUCCUCGUCGCCAAGCACCACGACGGGUUCUGCCUCUGGCCGUCCGCCUACACGGCCCACUCCGUGCGCGCCAGCCCCUGGCACGGCGGCGCCAGCGACCUCGUGCGCGAGUUCACCGACGCGGCGCGCGCCAGGGGAAUCGACGCCGGCCUCUACCUCUCGCCGUGGGACCGCCACGACGAGCGCUACGGCCGCGAGGUCGAGUACAACGAGUACUACCUCGCCCAGCUCCACGAGCUCCUCACCGGGUACGGGAGGGUGUCCGAGAUCUGGUUCGACGGCGCGCAGGGGAAGAACGUGACCAAGAUGACGUACCACUUCCAGGAGUGGUUCCAGACGGUGAGGCAGCUGCAGGGCGCCAUCAACAUCUUCUCCGACGCCGGCCCCGACGUGCGCUGGGUCGGCGACGAGCAGGGCUUCGCCGGGACCACCUGCUGGUCCACCGUCAACCGCUCCUCCAUAACGAUCGGCGACGCCGGCAUUGAGGAGUAUCUCAACGCCGGCGAUCCGCGAGGCACGGACUGGGUGCCGCCGGAGUGCGACGUGUCGAUCCGGCCGGGGUGGUUCUGGCACCGGAACGAGACGGCCAAGCCGCUGAGCCAGCUGCUCAAGAUAUACUACAACUCGGUGGGCCGGAACUGCGUGCUGCUGCUCAACGCGCCGCCCAACACCACGGGCCUGGUGGAGGACGCCGACAUCGCCAGGCUCCGCGAGUUCCGCGCCGCCCUCACGCGCAUCUUCGGCACGGACCUUGCCAAGGGCAGCACCGCGAGGGCCAGCAGCGAGCGGGGCGUCGGCUUCGAAGCGCGCAAGGUGCUGGACGGGUCCGACGACACGUACUGGGCGCCGACGGCGGAGGACGGGCGAAAGAACGGGUACUGGAUCGAGCUGCGGCGGCCGGCGGCGUCGGCGGCGCGGCCGUUCAACGUGGUGAGGAUCCAGGAGCACGUGGCGCUGGGGCAGCGCGUGGAGCGGCACCAGGUGUUCGUGGACGGCGUGGCCGUGGCGAGCGGCACCACGGUGGGGCACAAGCGGCUGCACCGGCUGGCCCGCCCCGUCGCCGGCCGGACGGUGAAGGUGUGGCUCGCGGCGCGGCGUGGGGUGCCGCUGGUGUCGGCGGUGGGGCUCCACCUCGACCCCUACGCAACCGACGUGAUGUGA